AGAUUCAAAGGGAAGAGGUAGACAGGGACAGUGAGAGAGAAAAAAGGGAGAGGUCAUUCUAUGUGAUGGGAAACAUUCUACAAGAUCCUAUCAACUUGUAAAAUUUGCUCUUGCUGGUAUCGGUACAUAUUUUAACUACUUUUUCCCGUACCCAGUAACUUAACUGUUGGAUUCAGUUUUUACAAGUUAUAAAAUUAACUGGGGGAACUUAGAAAAAAGGCAACGAAGGCAAGAAGAAAAGAAAGCCGGACCAUCUGGAUGUAGAGGAUUCUGAAGUUUAUGUUUUGGUUGUUUUAACUUUCCUUAUACAGAUCUGGACACUGUUUGCUUCUUUACCAUGAUGGGCAGGUGGAACCUCCUGAUACUGGCUCUGUUCCUCUCCCUCACCAUGGUCUCAUCUGAGUCAGAAUGCCAGAACGGAUAUAGUUUUGAAGAUGAACACUGCAAGGAUAUUGAUGAAUGUGCUGUUGACGAAGACUAUCCUGAAAGUGAUGGGGAUUGUGGAGAAAAUACGCUCUGCUUUAACACAAUCGGCAGCUUCUACUGCCGAUGUGCUGACGGUUUCAGCUCAUCACCACAUGCUGAGAAUUUUGCAGCUGACUCAUCUGCAACAUGUAAAGAUAUCAACGAAUGCUCGGACAGCAAAGACAUCUGUGGAUCUAAUGCCACAUGUUUCAACACAAUUGGCAAUUAUUCCUGCAUUUGUGAUGAUGGAUUUGUUUCUACUACUGGAGUGGAAAGAUUUUAUCAUGGUGAUGGUGUGACGUGCAGAGAUCGAGAUGAAUGUGAUGACAAAAACAUUUGUGGUCAGAAUGCAGCAUGUGUCAACACACAAGGCAGUUAUCACUGUGUCUGCAAUGCUGGCUUCAGACUGAAAUCUGGCAAUACUAUCUUCUCUGGAAAUCAGGAGCAAUGUGAAGACAUAUGUCAGAUUGAUAAGACAAUCUGCGGAAAUGGAACCUGCCACCUUGGAGCCAGUGGUCAUUACUGUGCAUGCCAUGCAGGAUUCACUAACUAUGGCAACAAAAAGUCACGCUGCUCUGCACUGAGCUGUGAUGUUUUCCAAGAUACGAACAAUCUAAAAGAGAUAAUUCCUGUUUCUCAUGAUGUCGUGAGGCAGCUGAACAAAAGUUGUCUGGACCUCACAGAGAGUGAAAGUCCAGAGGAGCUGGAUGGGAUGGACAUGCUAAGGAGACUGCUGUCCGUGAUGGACGAGGUCUUGUCCAAGGGAGCCCUCAAUGAUAACAGGAAAGUCUCCACCUUUCUGGACUUGGUGGAAGAAGCUCUGAGGCUCAUAGGACCCUUCAUAAACUCUCCAUGGACAUAUAUACUCUCUAAUCACACAGAGCUGCAGCAUCUGCUCCAUACAGGAUCUGUCAUUCCCCAAGGAACUAAAACUUUUUCAUCUGAGCAAGCUCAGCUGGACAUCCAGUUGGAGAUAGCUGCUGGAGAGCCUUCCUAUUACCCUGGCUUUACAACGGUGUCCCUGCUGAGCUAUUCAAACCUGGAAAACUCUACAGAUGGCUUCUUUGGUGGGAUGAAACCAGAAAAGGACCAGAGUUUUAAAGUAAACUCCAAAGUGGUGACUGUCAUUGUCAGUAACAGCAACACAAGCCACCUCAAAGAGGACAUCAAACUAACUUUGUACCACUUGACACAGUCAAAUCAAACUUCCCACACCUGUGUGUUCUGGGAUUCCUCAAAGGAAGGAGGGGCAUGGUCUGCUCAUGGCUGUAAGGCGUUGGAGUCCAAUGCGAAGUACACUGUCUGUUCCUGUAACCAUCUGAGCAGCUUUGCUGUGCUCAUGUCCCUCUCUGAGAUGGAGGACAGGUUUGAGUUGAAGCUGAUAACCUGGUUGGGUCUGUCCCUUUCUUUGAUUUGCCUGCUCAUCUGCAUCCUGACAUUCUCAAUGAUCCGCUCCAUCCAAAGCCCAAGAACCACCAUCCACCUUCACCUCUGCAUCAGCCUCUUCAUUGCUAACGUGAUCUUCCUUGCAGGCAUCUCUCAAACAGAGAAUCGGGUUGGCUGCGCUGUGGUAGCAGGGAUGCUGCAUUUCUUCUAUCUGGCAGCGUUUUGCUGGAUGUGUCUGGAGGGCAUACAGCUCUUCAGGAUGGUAGUUUUGGUCUUUAACACCAGCUUUAAAACCCUCUACAUGAUGGCAGGUGGAUAUGGAGUGCCAGCUGUGAUUGUUGCUGUCUCUGCCUUAGCUAACGCCGAGGGAUACGGCACUAAGAGAUAUUGUUGGCUAAAACUGGACCUCAUUUGGAGUUUCUUUGGCCCCGUCUGUGUCAUCAUCUCUGUAAACAUUUUCUUCUUUCUCGUCACUGUGUGGAAAUUGGCACAGAAGUUCUCGAGUUUAAACCCUGACUUGGACAAGCUGCAGAAAAUAAAGGCUUUCACCAUUACUGCAGUGGCUCAGCUGUGUGUCUUGGGCACCAUGUGGAUCUUUGGUUGUUUCCAGUUUGAGGAGGGCACUGUAGUCAUGUCUUACCUCUUCACCAUCUUGGGUAGCCUUCAAGGGGUUAUGAUCUUUGUCAUGCACUGUCUGUUUUCCAAACAGGUGAGGGAAGAGUACGGAAACAUCCUGUCCAGAUUCUGUGCACCUCAGAAGAAGAGCUACUCAGAGUUCAGUUCAUCCCAUUCCAGCAAAGCACAUGCAUCCAAGAGCACCGAGCACACAGGAGAGUCUCACAUUUGAGGAGCUGAACAGUGACUUGGGAGAAAGUCUGAUUUGCUGAAGACUGCCACGUCAGAUAUACAGUCAACUACUGCUCUCCCAUUUAUAGAGAAUGUACCAGUUUCCUUUACUGCAAAAUGUCGUAAAUAGUUUCGUUCAUUACCACGAGUGGGUCUUAGACAAUUAGAUUAUCUAUUGAACUAAAAUCAUUAUAAACUAAUGCAAAUUAAGGAUGAAAAAGACUUUUGACAUUAUUACCGUAAUGCAGAUUAUUAUAUUCAUCUAAAGCUGUUAACAUUACAGAUGAUUAAAGUCCACAAUGUGCUUUACUUUCAUGCAAAUAGCUUUUUUUCUAAAAUAAAUAAAAAAAUUAAUUAAGCUUAGAUAAAUAAAUCCACCAAAGAUCUAAUUUUUUACAGGAAAACAAUAUUUGCUGAUUUUGGACCAGAAUGGUUGUGACCUUGAAAAAACCUGUUGGAUCAGGUACACAUAAUAAUGCUUGUUGUGUCUUCCAGGUACUUUAUUGAACCAGCAAAAACAAUCAGAGAAAUGUUUCUGACACAAGCACUUUCUUUAUUCCACAAUCUUUAAAUUGUUACCAUUUAAUAUGACCCAAAAUACAAGGACAAGUAUAAGACAGAGAUAUAUUUUUAUUGUAUGUUUGUGUAUAUAUUGCUGGGCAAUUCAAUAUGUAUAUAUAUUUGACGGCAUUCCUGCUCUAUGUAUUUUAUCUAAAUAUUUAAGAAGAGUUUGUCUGUUACCAAGAUGUUCAGAUGAAUGUUUUAAAACUGGAAUUUCAAAGAUGACUUUAGUUAUUAUUGUAUUGUGGAAUAUUAGUAUAGUUCUAGACAUUGGUUUUGAUAGAUUAAAAUUAUUAAACUUUGCAUUUCCAGUUUACCUGUUGUGUCAUUCCUGGUGUGAAAUAUUUUAUAUGAUGUUUUAAAUAUUUGUAAGUGUUUUCAUCUUUUCUCCUGGGAGCUUUAAACUAAAUAAAUAUUUUUGAUGUACCUCAUGUUUAAGGCCUUUGUUUGUGGUCUUUCCACUGCUGGCUUAAGUUGUUUGAUUUAAUAUGGAGAAUAAACAAGCAAUGAAAAUGGUA